AUGAACACAGGUAAGAUCACCUUGAUUUGGACAAAUGUACAACUCAUAUACUGUAGGUCUUGACAACGUUUUGGUCAGUUCAUAAUAAAACGCCGCAUUGUCUGAUUUGUUUUGUUCCUAUAAAAAAGAGAGUGUGUAAGAACGUGUCCUACCCAUAAAAAAAUUGGAAAGGGACUGUGUGUGUAGGUAGGGGGCCAGACUUCCCACUAAGCAUGGACCUUACGCCAACGUCUUUUGGAUGUCUUUUUUUGGUCCUGUCCAGACCGGUUGUCUUUUUUUGGUGCUGUCCAGACCAGCCUGGAUUUGAAGUAGAUUUUUGGUCUUGUCCCCCCAAAAAAUCUGAAACAAUCAUAGACGUCUGGCAGAGUGGUGUAUCACAUUUAACAAACCAAACAUUGAAAUACUGUAGAAGGUGAAUUAGAAACCCAAACUGGUCUGUGCAUCAAUACCUGUAUAUAAAAAAAUACGGUAUACCGCCCAUCUCUAGUAUAGUACAGUAUCAUGUAUUGUACCCUACUUUACUCGAAUGUACUCUACUAAACUGUACUGCACUCUACUCUACUGAAUUAAACUCUACUGUACUCUACUAUACUGAAUUAAACUGUACUGUACUGUACUUUACUGUACUCUACUCUACACUACUCUACUGAAUUAAACUCUACUGUCCUGUACCGUACUGUACUCUACUGUGCUCUACUGUACUGAACUGUACCGUACUGUACUGCACAAACUUGUAAAACAUAGCCUAGAAUUCUAUGAUUAGCUCAGAUCUGGUCUGGUCCGGGCUGACUAAAUUUGGACUUGUUUGGGGGCGAAGCUCAUUAGAAUAACACCCAGCAUGCUUUGCAUGUGUUUGUUUCUACAUUUACAUUUUGUUAAUUCAGCAGACGCUCCAGAGCGACUUACAGUCAGUGCAUUCAACUAAGAUAGAUAAACAACAACAUAUCAAAUCAAAUGUUAUUUGUCAAAUGCUCCGAAUACAACAGGUGUAGACCUUACCAUGAAAUGCUUACUUACGAGCCCUUAACCAACAAUGCAGUUCAAGAAAUAGAGUUAAGAAAAUAUUUACUAAAUAAAAUAAAGUAAAAAGUAACGCAAUAAAGUAACAAUAACGAGGCUAUAUACAGGGGGUCAAUGUGCUGUGGUACAGGUUAGUCAAGGUAAUUUGUACAUGUAGGUAGGGGGGGGGGGUUGAUGCAAAUAGUCCAGGUGGCCAUUUGAUUAAUUGUUCAGCAGUCUUAUGGCUUGGGGGUAGAAGCUGUUAAGGAGCCUUUUGGACCUAGACUUGGCGCUCCUGUACCGCUUGUCGCGUGGUAACAGAGAGAACAGUCUAUGACUUGGGUGACGAGUCUUUGACAGUUAUUUGGGCGUUCCUCUGACAGUAUAUAGGUCCUGGAUGGCAGGAAGCUUGGCCCCAGUGAUGUACUGGGCUGUACGCAUUACCCUCUGUAGUGCCUUACAGUCGGAUGCUGAGUAGUUGCCAUACUAGGUGGUGAUGCAACCGGUCAGGAUGCUCUCGAUGGUGCAGCUAUAUAACUUCUUGAGGAUCUGGGGACCCAUGCCAAAAGGCGUUGUCCUGCCCUCUUCACAACUUUCUUGGUGUGUUUGGACCAUGAUAGUUUGUUGGUGAUGUGGACACCAAGGAACUUGAAACUCUCGACCUGCUCCAUGAUCAUCUCCUUUGUCUUGCUCACAUUGAGGGAGAGGUUGUUGUCCUGGCACGACACUGCCAGGUCUCUGACCUCCUCCCUAUAGGCUGUCUCAUCGUUGUCGGUGAUCAGGCCUACCACUGUUGUGUCGUCAGCAAACUUAAUGAUGGUGUUGGAGUCGUGCUUGGCCACGCAGUCGUGGGUGAACAGGGAGUACAGGAGAGGACUGAGCACGCACCCCUUAGGGGCCCCCGUGUUGAGGAUCAGUGUGGCAGAUGUGUUGUUGCCUACCCUUACCACCUGGCCUGUCAGGAAGUCCAGGAUCCAGUUGCAGAGGGAGGUGUUUAGUCCAAGGGUCCUUAGCUUAGUGAUAAGCUUUGUGGGCACUAUGGUGUUGAACGCUGAGCUAUAGUCAAUGAAAAGCAUUCUCACAUAGGUGUUCCUUUUGUCCAGGUGGGAAAGGGCAGUGUGGGUGCGAUUGAGAUUGCGUCAUCUGUGGAUCUGUUGGGGCGCUAUGUGAAUCGGAGUGGGUCUAGUGUUUCCGGGAUGAUGGUGUUGAUGUGAGCCAUGACCAGCCUUUCAAAGCACUUCAUGGCUACCGACGUGAGUGCUACGGGGCGGGAAUCAUUUAGGCUGGUUACCUUUGCUUUCUUGGCACAGGGACUAUGGUGGUCUGCUUGAAACAUGUAGAUAUUACAGACUCAGUCAGGGAGAGGUUGAAAAUGUCAGUGAAGACACUUGCCAGUGGUCCGCGCAUGCUCCUGGUAAUCCGUCUGGCCCCGUGGCCUUGUGAAUAUUGACCUGUUUAAAGGUCUUGCUCACAUCGGCUACGGAGAGCGUGAUCACACGUCUGGAACAGCUGGUGCUCUCAUGCAUGCUUCAGUGUUGCUUGCUUCGAAGCGAGCAUAAAAUGCAUUUAGCCCGUCUCGCGUCACUGGGCAGCUCGCGGCUGGGUUUCCCUUUGUAGUCCGUAAUAGUUUGCAAGCCCUGCCAUAUCCAACGAGCGUCAGAGCCGAUGUAGUAGGAUUCAAUCUUAGUCCUGUAUUGACGCUUUGCCUGAUAUAUAGUGUAUAGCUAAUAUAUCUAGGAUAAUAGAUAUAUCUAAACACAUGAGUGAUGAGGAUUUUAUUGACACCAGAUAUUCUUUUGAUAAUGCCCAUUAUUGAUUUAUGACAAGGUUGUCAAUGGCAUUAGACCAAUUAGUGAAAAAAAUAUCAGAAUUGGGCUGCCUCUCUAAACACAGCCUAUGAUGCAUGUCACAUUGCAGCUUUAUGGAGAAUCUGAUUGGUUCUUCAUGGUCCAGCCAGGGAUGCUGUUUUCCUCAGGGGAUGGAGAGGAGAUCAUAUAGUUGAUUGAUCUAUUGAGGUCAUGUUUGACCAGUUGUGCUGUCAUGUGUUUUCUUUUGUAUUUUGUUGUUUUGUCCUUUGAUACUCACACCUUCAAAGGAGCAAAAACUGUCUGAGAGGGGCUUCUCUCCAGUGAAACACAGGAAGUGACUUGGGGGAAAUCCUUUAAUAAAUCCUUUAGGGUUGUAACUUUUGUCCCUCUAAGAAAAGUGUCCACAUUCAAUAUCCUUCCCAGGUGUCCUAUCUGUUUAAAGGCUUGGCUAUCACAAUACAAAGAUAGAAACAACUUAGACUAUGCUUUUCACAAUUAAAUGAGGGAUAUGAGGUAGUGAUGAAUGUUGUUUUAAAGAUAGCCUACAACAUUUCAAUCUCUUCUGACUCUAUAUGGAUUGUUCCUUGCUCCUAGUUAAUCGUUUUUUUGUGCAGACUGCUAACCUCAUGAUUCCUCCCCUGUAUGUUUUGAAUAUUCAGUUUCUGAUUGAAGUUGCUAAUGAUGAUCUUUUUUGUUUUGUUUUCAGAUUUUAAGAAACCUCCUAUUGCUCCUAAACCAAAGCUUGUGAGUCACCUCACCUUCAAGCUGCCUUCCCCACUCAUGUCCCGGCCCUGCUCCUCAGCCAGGGGCCCCAAACCUCCCAUCGCCCCCAAACCCAAAGUACCACAUGACCUUGAGGGGCGUGACUCUUCCCUGCUCUCCAACAACAGCCAGGAGGGGUACACCAACGGGGACAUGCUGCCCUCAGAUGAGGAGCUGGACCAGGAGAACGAGCCGGAGGACACUCUGAGUGGAGGGGAGGGGCUAGAGGAGGAGGAACCAGUGGAACCUCAGUAUUACUCAGACGCUCUCAGUUCAGGGGUCAACGAGAAUGGGUAUGAAGAGCAAAGGGAACAGGAGGAGAAGAUGAUGCAGGAGGAAGAGGAGGACUGUAGGUUAACUGACAGCGUUCAAACAGAGGAGGUGGAUUCUCUGGAAAUGCUGGGGGUCAGUAAUGCUGGAUUCACAAUUGACUCAGUGGACACGGUGGAGAAGAUUGAUACGGACAUCACUGAUGACAUUGACGCUGAGGGCAGCUAUGCAGGCGAGGCGCUGGCCGACAAAGAUGGCCUCUCAGUGUGUGACCUCUCCAUAACCAGCAUUGAGGAGGAGGAGGCAGCAUGCUACCCCUGUGAAACUGGGCCUGGGCAAGAGGAGAGGGAUGUAGAGGAGGAGAGGGAGCAGGAAGAGGAGUGCCGAAGAGAGGAAGAAGAAGAAGCAGCUAAUAGCACAGCAGAUGCAGUAACAGUAUCUAUUUCUGAGGAACCCAUAGCUCUCCUUGUCAAAGACAACAUAGAGGACCUUGUUACAAAAGAGCCUUCAUCCUUCAAGGAGGAGGAUGAGGAGGAAGCAGAAGAAUCCUUACCUAACCCUGGUAGUCCUCACAAUGUCCUACAGGACGAUGGAUAUGAUGUAAUUGGUCCCUCAAAUGAGAGAGUAGGAAGGUGCCAACCAUAUUCCAUCAUUGAUGAAGACCCCAUGACUAUUCAGUACAGUAUUGAAGAAGGUGAGUGCCAACAAAGCCACCAUGAAGCAAAACAACUCUUUGACACAGAGGAGGAAGCAGCUGACCCCAGCCUGGAGCCUUAUUACAUCUCAACUGAGGACAUUGUGAACCUAGAGCAGAGCCCCACAGAGGGUAAAGGUCACGGAUCGGCAGAGAGUGAGAGCACUUCGGAGGAAUCUUCACUGGCCACCACAGAGAUCACGGAACCCAGUGAGUACGCAGCCAUAGGUGAUGAUGACUCGCUGUGUGAUGACUCUGACGACAUGGGGAAGAUUGAGUGUGUCUCCUCUGAGGACUACGUUGAGAUAGACGACGAUGACGAUGAUGAUGAUGACAGGGAGAACAUGACAGGUUCAUGUCAGAAAAGGACGCCUGGAUUCCAGACAGUGGAGGCUUUCCUGAACCAGAGUAACAACCAGCCCCGUUUCAGGCUGGUGUCCAUCUCUUUGCCAGCGGACACAGACACCUCCCAGGCCUUGUUGUUCUCUGACAGCCAGCUGCUCUCCCCAGAUGACUCUGAUGUGUUCAGGGACGAGGAAGAUCUAGAGGGCCACAUCGUUCCCUACCUGGAUGAGACCACAGACACAGAAGACAACCUCAGUGAUGAGCAUGUCUACGAAGAGGCCGGCCUGGACUCAGAGGGGGAGAAUUUCCUGCCUUUUGACAGGAAGUCCAUUGUCACCAGGUCCCGGUCGCUGUCGGGGAAAGUGCCUGGUUACGUGCCUGAGACGGUUCCAGAGGAGGCGGGUUCAGAGUUCCACGUUCAGAAAUACUGCGAGGUGGGAUUGGACCGGAGGGGACCCGCGUUGAGCAGCAGCCCCAUGUUAAACUCAACCCGGGCCAAGAGCUCAUCCAAACCACAUCGCUUUCUUCUGUACCCCCGCUCCUUCUCCAUGGAGGCACGGGACCUGCCCCUAAGUGUGUACAGGGAGGGCCAGGGUUUCUUGGAGGAGACGGGGGAGGACAGCCUCUCCCUGCCGUGUGUCACGGGCUCUUCUGGAAGCUUCUCCCAGCGAAGCCCCCUGCCCUCCAGCGGCCUGUCCACUCCUACAUCAAUGGUGGACAUCCCUCCUCCCUUUGAGCUGGCCUACAUCACCAAGAAGCCCAUCACCAAGAGCUCCCCGUCCCUGUUCAUCGAGGGAGAAUCCCCAGACAGGCAGAAGAAGAAGAAGUCCUCCUUCAAGCGUUUCCUGAUGCUGAAGUUAAGGAGAAAGACGGAGAGCAAGCUGGUGGUGGAUGUCAACGUGUCCUCCUCGAGGUCCUCCUCUGAGUCCAGCCACCACGGCAUUGCCAAGGUCCUUGAUUUAGACAGGCGCAGCACAGGCAGCUCCCCGCAGGUCAAGUCCUGGAAAGUCAGUAAGCCCCAGCGCUCUCCUGAGUCCCCAUCCACCUUUCUGUUCUAUAAGGACGGGAAAAGAAAAGGGGGUUCUGUGGCCUUCCUCAACCGCAGCGUGGCCCGGGUAGAGUCCUUCGAGGAUCGCACUCUCGCCCCCUUCACCCCCCUUCCCCUGACUAAACCCCGCUCCAUCUCCUUCCCCAACGCUGACACAUCAGACUACGAGAACAUCCCAGCCCAGACCCUCAACUCCGACUAUGAGAACAUCCAGAUCCCCUCUCGGAGGCCUGUACGACCGGGGACCUUUGCAGAGUUCUUUGAUCAUCAGAGUCGGGUGCUGUCUUCUGCCAAUGAGACUGAUGGUUACGUGGAUAUGAGUAGCUUCCCUAGGUUUGAGAGAAAAGCUCAGUCGCCUGAGCAGGAGCCUGAAAGGUAUGGGGACAUUUUUGUUUAUACCUUGAACGUAACUUUUACUUUUGACUUGGAUUUCAAGUUGUUUUAUUUGUGUGUGUGCAUGCGUGUGUGUGUGCGAAAUGUAAAUCUAGUAGUUCAGACUUGAUUUUCCCCUACGAAAAUGUAUCAACCUCUACAUAAAUGUCCAUUAAUUAUAAUCCAUAUAAUAGAUCACAUUUCCUGUUGUAGCAAACUGGCUGAAAUUAAGAUCCUAUAUCUGUAGAGGGGGUAAAUCAUUGAGGAACGAACAUAACAAUUCAUUUGGGCAGGUCAUAAUUUUUCUGUCUUGGAUGGCUACCUAAGGGAUACGGUAGGGGAGAGUGGGGUAAGUUGAGCCAAAGGGGUAAGUUGAGCCACCAUUGCUUGUAGGAAACCAUACACAAAAUUCAUAAUUUGACCAAAUAUUUAGGAAGAUGUCAUCAUUUCAUGGAGUCUGUGAAGGAAGAAACCACAUGGAAAAAGUGGUAAUCAAGUUCGUAAAAAAACAAACAUAUUUUCACCAAGUCAAAUUAAUUUAUUGUGUUGGCGUUUCAUGAUGCUUGUAUCUUAACCAAAGUAGAUAAUUUUAAGAUUGUUCUAUACAUCAGUUGGGGUCUUUAAGCUUCAAUAUGAGGUCCUAAACCUAGCAUGGGCUAAUAUAGUCAAAAUGUUUGCCUUGGGGUAAGUUGAGCCAAUGGUUGAGCCAAUGGCAAGUUGAGAAAAUGGAAGUGUUUUCUUCGCAGGCAUUAUUGCUGGGAUAUGAGGUAACAAUAGGGCCUGGCCUAUUUUAAACAUUUUUGAAAAAAGUACAAAGUGUUUGUUAGGUGUUAAGCCUGUGUUAAAAGAUGCUUAAAAUUAUUAAAAGACAAAAAAGCGUUUGUGAUUGUGUUGAAUUGUAUUUGGGAAAUAAGAAUAGACAUGGUUUUAAAAAGGUAGUGGUAUUAUUUCAUUCAGUACAGAAAAGUGUAGGCGGCUUAACUUACCCUGUACCGCUGCACAACUUACCCCAUACCCUUUUUUUGGACAAGCUACGUUUUCAAAACGGUAAUGUUUAAAUUAAUUCUGAUUAUUUCCAGGGAUACACAACAUCCUGAAAUAUAUGUAGAUAUCUUUGUUAGAAAGAAUACUAUAUUUAUCUUGAUGGAGUGAUGCUGAAUGAAAUUGUAUUUUCGACAUACCCAACUCUCCCCUACCUAGGAGUCCCAUGGUUGGGGGGACUGGACAGUGGACAAGGGAUUCUGUUUUGUUGGGCAAGCUGAGUCCAUGUGUGAAAUUCAGAGUAUUCUCCUCACACCUCCACCGUUGUUAUGGUAUAUUGCAGGUAUAAUCUCCAGUGCUGGGCUGACAUUAACCCACCCCACCCCCCUUGCAUCCCCACAGUACUGCACCCUUAUUAUACAGACCUCCCCAGAUUAUUAAUUGUCAGAGCAUUUUGGAGUCAUCCCUCUUCCCUCCAGCCAAUCAGAAACAGGAUUGGGAGAUGCAAUCUCAGUGUUCUGUGUGCUCUAUGAUGUGUUGCCCUCAGCAACGCUGUAUAGUAGCCACGUUUACUAUUCUGGAGGUGCAUGGGAGGUAAUCACAAGGUUGUUUUGAUACACAGGACUCUGGGAAUCCUUUGAAUUGGUGAUGCUAUUGCAUGUUGUUGCAUCCUAAGAAUCCAAAUGAUGUUCAGUUCACAUUAAGAUUAUACAUUGGCACUAAGACAUUUCAAAUGAAAUUGUUUGCAAAUAAAGGGUCAGAGAUCCACUGCCUGUACCAACCACACAGGUCUUACUGUAUUUUACUCUCACAUUUGAACUGAUAUGGGUUUAGACUGCACAUUUUGGUUUUCUUUAUUGUACAUAGCAGGCUAUUUGGCUGUUGAUCAGUUUGUAAUGGUCAGGAGGAUCAGACUGUAGUUUCUGUUUGAGGUUGGUCAACAGCGGUCAGGGGCUCUGUCUGUAGGUGUUGGGUGGAGGUUGGUCAACAGUGGUCCGGGGCUAUGUCUGUAGGUUCUAGCUGAAGGUUAGCAACAGCGAACGGGGACUCUGCCUGUAGGUGUUGGGUGGAGGUUGGUCAGCAGCGGUCAGGGGCUAUGUCUGUAAGUGUUGGGUGGUGGUUGGUCAACAGUGGUCCGGGGCUAUGUCUGUAGGUUCUAGCUGAAGGUUAGCAACAGCGAACGGGGACUCUGCCUGUAGGUGUUGGGUGGAGGUUGGUCAGCAGCGGUCAGGGGCUCUGUCUGUAGGUGUUGGGUGGAGGUUGGUCAGCAGCGGUCAGGGGCUCUGUCUGUAGGUGUUGGGUGGUGGUUGGUCAGCAGCGGUCAGGGUCUCUGUCUGUAGGUGUUGGGUGGUGGUUGGUCAGCAGUGGUCAGGGGCUCUGUCUGUAGGUGUUGGGUGGAGGUUGGUCAGCAGCGGUCAGGGGCUCUGUCUGUAGGUGUUGGGUGGUGGUUGGUCAGCAGCGGUCAGGGUCUCUGUCUGUAGGUGUUGGGUGGUGGUUGGUCAGCAGCGGUCAGGGGCUCUGUCUGUAGGUGUUGGGUGGAGGUUGGUCAGCAGCGGUCAGGGGCUCUGUCUGUAGGUGUUGGGUGGAUGUUAGUCAGCAGCGGUCAGGGGCUCUGUCUGUAGGUGUUGGGUAGAGGUUGGUCAGCAGCGGUCAGGGGCUCUGUCUGUAGGCUAGGUGUUGGCUGGAGGAAGGUCUGGGUGUGGGGCCUGUGAGGUCAUUGCCAGGUCAUCCCUGGGAGGAAUUGUCCUGCCUUUGAGAGUCCACUUCCCUGUUUUUUGGGGAAAUGCCGGACAAGCGAGGGGGUGGAGUACUAUACCUCAACUGGCGUGCUUCAAGUUUAGGUGUAAAAGUAGGGUGACCUAACACCUCAAGUAGCCUGGGUGCCAGACUGCUUAAGCCAAUAUGUGGUUGUCUUGACUUGUUUGUGGUGUUUCAUGCAGAAACAGUCAGACACCUCUUGUGAUAGCAUUAAUAGCACAGCACUGAACACACUGAGGCACAAGUCUUCUUUACAUGUAUAUUCACUAUUUUAGCCACUGUAGAAUAAUUACUAUCCCAUAAACCAAAUCCUUCAGUAUAUUGAAGGUCAUUGAGCAGUGUCCACUCAACCUCCCGCUAUCAGCAGAAGGAACAAAUAGGUUCACAAAGAGCCCGGGGAAGCAUGUAAGAAUCAUUUUUUAUCUCCUUUUGUAAUUUUCCACAGUAGAUUUAGCCUUUGGCUGUCCUAAAACAUCAUAGCACAAAGGCUGCAGAUACUGGGAUGCUAUUGCCUUGAGUUGCCAGAGGGCAAGUUGUAACAUGCUGAGAUUAAGUGGUCUAAGGCACUGCAUCGCAGUGCUAGCUGUGCCACUAGAGAUCCUGGUUUGAAUCCAGGCUCUGUCGUAGCCGGCCGCGACCGGGAGACCCAUGGGGCGGCGCAGAAUUGGCCCAGCGUUGUCCAGGGUAGGGGAGGGAAUGGCCGGCAGGGAUGUAGCUCAGUUGGUAGAGCAUGGCGUUUGCAUGCUCUACCCACGGGGGGCCAGUAUGAAAAAUAAAAAAAUAAUGUAUGCACUCACUAACUGUAAGUCGCUCUGGAUAAGAGCGUCUGCUAAAUGACUAAAAUGUUAAUGGUCCGAUUUGGUCCAUGACACUAGCAUUAACUGAGAAGGUACUAAUCUGCUAUAUUUAUAUAUUCUUACUGUUAUAGUGGAACAAUACAAUUUAAUCAGCAGUUAUGGUCCAAUAUACUGAACAAAAAUAUAAAUGCAACAUGCAACAAUUUCAAAGAUUUUACUGAGUUACAGUUCACAUGAGGAAAUCAGUCAAUUGAAAUAAGUAAAUUAGGCAUCUGUUGGUCACAGAUACCUUUAAAAAAUGGGCCUCACAAUGGGCCUCAGGAUCUCGUCACGGUAUUUCUGUGCAUUCAAAUAGCCAUCGAUGCAAUUGUGUUCGUUGUCCGUAGCUUAUGCCUGCCCAUACCAUAACCCCACCGCCACUAUGGGGCACUCUGUUCACAACGUUGAUAUCAGCAAACCGCUCGCCCACACGAUGCCAUGUGGUCUGCGGUUGUGAGGCCAGUUGGACGUACUGCCAAAUUCUCUAAAACGACGUUGGAUGUGGCUUAUGGUAGAGAAAUGAACAUUAAAUUCUCUGGCAACAGCUCUGGUGGACAUUCCUGCAGUCAGCAUGCCAAUUGCAUGCUCCCUCAACACUUGAGACAUCUGUGGCAUUGUGUUGUGUGACAAAACUGCACAUUUUAUGUGGCCUUUUAUUGUCCCCAGCACAAGGUGCACCUGUGUAAUGAUCAUGCUGUUUAAUCAGCUUCUUGAUAUGCCACACCUGUCAGGUGGAUGGAUUAUCUUGGCAAAGGAGAAAUGCUCACUAACAGGGAUGUAAAUAAGCUUUUUGUGCGUAAGGAACAUUUCUGGGAUAUUUUAUUUCAGCUCAUGAAUCAUGGGACCAACACUUUACAUGUUGCGUUUAUAUUUUUGUUCAGUGUAGUAACUUCCUAUUUGUGAGAUGCAAAGAAUGGAACCCUCUACAUGUUGUUUAGGUUUUUUGAGAAUCUUCUAAUGUACAUUUCAGUGGUGUUAAACCCAUUGGAGCAUGCAGUGAAGCACAGCAUUCACACUGUCACAGCAAUAAGAAGCACUGGGGUCUGCCACACUGCUAACUCAAGGAUGUGUUAUCAUCAGAGCAUUAGCGCACACUCCCUACUGAGCCGCAAUCAUUAGCAUAUCCACCCAGGCUACCAGCAGAAGUGCAUCUGUCAGCAUGUACCAUCCCAUCCCACUGAUGCUGGGCCAUGGCCUGGGUAUGGCUGUGUCGCUGGAGGCACUAUAGAAGGUUUAUUGGUCUCUCCCCACACUUGUCAUAAUUUCCCAUUCAGGCUAUCCAUACUUCUGAUGGUCCUCCACAUACUGUAACUUUGCUAUUAUUACAGCAGUAUUUUAACAUGGAGGCAUAUAAAGUCAACUCAGACGGUUGAGUGCAAUUCAUCUGCGUCAUAUAUCUCACAGAUAAAGCUUUAUGGAGAGAGGAGAGUAGGACUGCUCUGACUAAGAGACAAAUUAUGUGGAGGAAUCUGAAAUUCACUGUGUACAAAAUAUUCACCCUCUCAAUGGCACACAUGCACAAUCCAGGUCUUAAUUGUCUCAAGGCUUAAAAAUCCUUCUUUAACCUGUCUCCUCCGCUUCAUCUACAAUGAUUAAAGUGGAUUUAACAGGUGACAUCAAUAAGGGAUCAUAGCUUUCACCUGGAUUCAUCUGGUCAGUCUAUGUCAUGAAAAGAGCAGGUGUUCCUAAUGUUUUGUGCACUCAGUGUAUUGAUACAACUUUAUAGACUUUGUAUCAAUGUAAAUGCUGUAUAAAGAUAAGACUUCAUGUUGUGGUCUGUAGAUAAAGACAUUAAUGAUGGAAACGCCAUAGAGCGAGCUGGAGUGGGCAGAUAGAAUCUUGAAACAUUUCUCUAACAACCUCAUUGUUCUCUUCCUGAACAAAUGGUUUUUAAUUUGUUUAUCUAAGAGCCUUUGAGUUUUAUGAGCCAUUCAUCAGCUGAUGAUACCGUGGCCUAUGAGAGAUCACUCUGGGGUUGAUUCAUCCUCCUUUCCAUUGAUCAGACAUGUUCCUCUUCAUUUCCUAUAAAGAAGCGUUACUAGACCUCUCUGUGUUGGUUUGGAAAUGGACACUAGCUGAAGACAAGCUGUGUCUCACUGGGUCUCCCACCUUCAUAUUAAUCUCAAUAAUGUUUUUUAUGUUGUAUUUUUUUAUCUGUCUAACAAUCAGAGUUUUGUCUUUUAUGGAUUUGAUCCACUGCCCAUCUGUGGCGUGUGAUUUGGAAGGAGUCAGGCGCAGGAGGGUAAAUCACAGAAUAAAGGUUUAUUCCGUAUAUAUGUCGAUACAAAGUACAAGGAGCUCCACCGAGCUCAUAUAACCUCCACAAUAAACAAUCACACACAAAGACAAGGGGGCAGAGGGAACACUUAUACAGGUACUGAUGAGGGGAAUUGAAACCAGGUGUGUGUAAUAAACAAGACAAAACAAAUGGAAUGAUGAGAUGAAGAGCGGCAGUGGCUAGAAGGCCGGUGACGACGAACGCCGAAGCCUGCCCUAACAAGGAGAGGAGGCAGCUUCGGAGGAAGUCGUGACAGUACCCCCCCAGGAUGGAACGGACAAAGUUUGCUGGGGCCCCUUCGAUGUCCAGAGGGGGCGGAGGGACCUCCCGCACCUCAGACUCCUGGAGCGGACCAGCCACCACAGGCCUGAUGAGAGACACAUGAAACGAGGGGUUAAUACGGUAAUCUCGAGGGAGUAGUAACCUAUAGGUAACCUCGUUGAUUCUCCUCAGGACUUUGAACGGCCCCACAAACCGCGGGCUCAGCUUCCGGCAGGGCAGGCGGAGAGGCAGAUUCCGGGUCGAGAGCCAGAACCGAUCACCUGGUACAAAAACCGGGGCCUCACUGCGGUGGCGGUCAGUGUUGGCCUUCUGGUGACACACGGCGCGCUGGAGGUGAACGUGAGCAGCGAACCGGCUGAUAACCUAAGACACAUUGAAAGGGAGUUAGGUUAGUGGAGGAGUGAUGAAGAGAGUUAUGGGCAUAUUCGGCCUAUGGCAAGAACACCGACCACUCCCCCGGCCGGUCCUGGCAGUAGGACCGCAGGAACCUACCCACAUCUUGAUUCACCCAUUCCACCUGCCCAUUAGACUCGGGGUGAAACCCAGAGGUCAGGUUGACCGAGACCCCCAGACGUUCCAUCAACGCUUUCCAGACCCUGGAUGUGAACUGGGGACCCCGGUCAGACACUAUAUCCUCUGGCACCCCAUAGUGCCGGAAGACGUGAGUAAACAGGGCCUCCGCCGUCUGCAGGGCCGUGGGGAGACCGGGCAGAGGAAGGAGGCGGAAGGCUUUUGAAAAGCAGUCCACAACGACCAGGAUGGUGGUGUUACCCUGAGAGAGGGGAAGAUCGGUUAGAAAGUCAAUACACAGGUGGGACCAUGGCCGUUGUGGAACUGGUAAGGGCUGUAACUUACCCGCUGGGAGGUGCCUAGGUGCCUUACUCUGGGCGCACACCGAGCAGGAGGAGACAUACACCCUCACGUCCUUUGUCAAGAUAGGCCACCAGUACUUUCUGGUCAGGCAGCGCACUGUACGACCGAUACCUGGGUGACCAGAGGAGGGAGAUGUGUGGGCCCAAUAGAUCAGACGGUCACGGACAAAAGACGGCACGUACUGCAGCCGAGCUGUCAUCGAUGUAGACCACUACACCAUGACCAAGCAUGUCCCGAAACACCUCGUUCACAAAGGACUGGAAAACGGAUGGAGCAUUCAUCAAACAGGCAUUACCAGGUAUUGCCCCGUGGUUGUGCUGAAUGCUGUCUUCCAUUCGUCCCCCUCUCGGACACGCACCAGGUUAUAUGCACUCCGGAGAUCUAAUUUUGUGAAAAAGCGCGCCCCAUGCAUUGACUCGAUCACAGAUGGGAUGAGGGGCAGAGGAUAACUAUAACGUAUUGUCCCCUUGAUCAAUGCUCAGUAAUCAAUUUACGGGCGCAGACCUCUGUCUUUCUUCUUCACAAAAAAGAAACUCGAGGAGGCGGGCGAAGUGGAGGGACGUAUGAACUCCUGGUGCAGGGACUCGGAUGUCUCCAUCGCUUCCGUUUCAGCCUGUGACAGGGGAUAUACAUGAAUCCUGGGAGGCACAGCGUCUACUCGAAGGUUUAUCGCGCAAUCCCCCCCGCCCCGAUGAGGCGGUAAUUUGGUUGCCUGCGUUUUGGAAAACGUGUGCGCCAAAUUGAGGUAUUCGGGGUGGAUGCGCACGGUGGAGGAAGUCUCUGGACUUUCCACCGUGGUUGCACCAACAGAAACAGCUAGGCACUCUCGCGACAACCCUGUGAGAACCCUCUGUGGCCAUGAAAAAGUGGGGUUGUGUAGUGCUAACCAGGGAAGACCCAACACAACAGGGAAAUCGGGGGACAAAAUAAUAAAAAAUGUGACGUGCUCUCAAUGGGUCCUUUGGGUAACCAUCGUGACUGGUGCUGUAACUUCCCUAACGAACCCUGACCCUAAUGGUCAACUGUCAAGUGCUUUGAUGGGCAGUGGAGUGGAUAGGGGAACCAAUGGAAUACCUAGACUUAGAGCUAACGACCUGUCCAUAAAGUUCCCAGCUGCCCCUGGUAGUCAGGGAAGGUGACGUGUAUGGUGCAGUGUGCAGCAGAGGGCUCUGACCGAGUGUGGGUUUGCGCUACCUGGGGUGAUGCGAGAGUGCCCUGCCUGCCGCCUCCAGACCCGGAAGAACCCUCACGACAGCGUGCAGUAUAAUGUCCUCUUCUGCCACAAGAGUGACACUGAAGCUGUCCUCCUCCGUUCUCCCGGAUCGUUGCCCCACCCAGCUCUAUCGGAAUGGACUCCGAGUUGCAGGGGGGGGUGAAAUGGGCAAGCCACUCCCAGGACGUCCUCUAGCAGCCAGCAGGUUGUCCAACCGGAUGGCGAUGUCCACCAGCUGGUCGAAGGUUAACAUGGCAGGCUAGCUCCCUUUUGACGUCCUCUUGCAGGCUGCACCGGAAUCCGUCGAUCAGGGCCCGCUCAUUCCACCCGGACUCAGCCGCUAGGGUCCGAAACUCCAGGGCGAAGUCCUGCUCGGUCCUCGUCCCCUGCCCUGAAGAGGUGAGCGAACUCCCUGUAGGUGUCCAACGCGGUUCCUCCUUCUCUCCAGACCCCGUUGGCCCACUCCAGGGCUUUCCCCGAGAGGCAGGAGACGAGAGCGGACACCUUCUCCCGCUCCAAUGGAGCCGGGCUGAUGUUCACGAAGUAGAGGUCCAGCUGCAGGAGGAAUCCCUGGCAGCGGGCAGCCGUCCCGUCAAACUCCCUCGGUCGGGAUAGAUGAAUCCCUCGGGGUGAUGGAGUGUGGGUGGCCGGAUCCGGUCGCUCAGCUGGUCCCGACGGGCCGGGUCCUCUCCUCUCCAGGCGUUGGACGACCUGGAGAACCCAAUCCAUCGCUUUUCCCAAGCUGGCUAGAAUCCUGGAAUGCUCGUGGACCCGUGUCACGACUCCAGGCAUGGGCUCUUCUACUACUGACCCCAUAGUGGGUGUGUGAUUCUGUGGCGUGUGAUUUGGAAGGAGUCAGGCGCAGGAGGGUUAAUCACAGAAUAAACGUUUAUUCCGUAUAUAUGUCGAUACAAAGUACAAGGAGCUCCACGACGACGAACGCCGAAGCCUGCCCGAACAAGGAGAGGAGGCAGCUUCGGAGGAAGUCGUGACACCAUCAGAUGAAUUACAGCUUCAUAACGCCUCCCUGUAAAUGUACUUUGGUUUAGUAAUAACUUUGAUGGGUUUAGGACUGCCCCCCCAGCUAAACAAUGGAUAUAUACUGAGUGUAUAAAACAUUAAGAACACCUUCCUAAUAUUGAGUUGUUGACCUGUGUGUGUUUGUUGACCUGUGUGUGUUUGGUGACCUGUGUGUGUUUGGUGACCUGUGUGUGAAGAGUAUGAACUACACUAUACUGAUACUCUGAUUCUGUCAUCUCAGUGCCUAUACAGAAGCCUACACCAUGUGCUCCAUAGCUGUUGGUCCCCCUGGUGGGACAGGGGGUGAGGCGGGGGGAGGGACAACUGGGGAGGAGGACCAAGGAUGCACCUCUGAGGAGGAGGAGGAGGGAGGAGCAGAUAACACAUAUGACAGACAGGUGAGGCUUCAGAACCUUUGAGACUGCUUGAGUGUUCAAAAAUAAGUUAAGAUAUUGCUAUUGUAUAAUGUUUGCUAUUCAACAGAGAUUUGUUACUGAUAAUGUAGUUCUUUACAGAGCGAUGGUCGAUCCAGAGCCUUCUACAUUGCCAAAGAGCUGGUGGACACUGAGAGACUGUGAGUGGCCUGAGAAUCACAUAGAACACUAAUGAUCAGCCUCAUUGUAACUCUGUAACUCUGUAACAUUGUCGUGUCCCUUUCACCUUGUUCUGUCACCUUAAUAACCUGUAAAUUAAUGCAUAUUUACAUUUGUCUGCACAUGGAAACCUGACACAAUUUCUCUCUCUGCAGACAUGUGAAAGCCCUCAAGCUUCUCCAGGAGGUAAGUAUCAAGAAGUCUUUGAACCAGACAUGUUUUCAUAGAUGGAUUUCCCCUUACCUUCAUGGAGCAAAAUCUGCUCCAAGAAAGCUACCUGUCGUCUUUUAGUGCCCCUAUGAGCUGGGAAGGAGAGAGAUACAAAAGAUGUGGAGUAAGGGUUAGGAUGGCGAUCUUCAGUGAUAUGUUUGGUACUUGGUACAACAGUACAGUAGUGGGUACACUAGCAGCCAUGAGUUCAGAUCCUGGCAGACAGUAUUUCUUUGUCUGUGGAAUGUCAAAUCAUGUGAAUCACUCAGACAAGAUAGAAUCAUUGGGAUGGCUUUGAAUUAUGUAAUGGAGGGUUACCCACAGACUGGAGAGCAGCGCUGUCUGCACUAGCUGUGGAUGAGUUUUUAGCAGCAGAGCAACUAUCCUAUUUUAAGGGAGAGUAAGUGGUUCAUUGCACAUUUCAAGACAAAGGCAAGGGAUUUGGAAUGCAACCCUUCUGGGGUCAAAGUUAAUCUCGGUGCACUUCUCUCUGCAUUACAUCACAACGCCCUGUCUGUCAUCCCUCUCCUGAGAAACCAGGCUGGGGUUGGUGCUUUAAAAAGUGGGUCAGCUCAUCAUGGUUAAUGGAAUGACACAGCAAUUUUAGUCUGUAUUAUUUCUGGGUGAGAACAAGAGAACCUGGAGUGUGCAAUUGUUGUGAUUAGAGACGUAAUUGUAAGAUGUAAUGAAAAUUCCAUCACAAAAUGUGGCAAUGCCCCUAUUGCAGUCAUUGACAGGGUACUGCACUAUACUACUGUAUAUGUAGGCAAGUAAACAUACAUGUACCAUAGCAGGCCUACAUUUUAUGGCUUAUGGAGAUAAUCUAAUGCUCUGGCUCUGUACAUUAUAUGAGCUAACUGGCUGCCUCGUGCAAUCAUUAGCAGUCUGUCAAAAAAAUAGACAUCAUGACAGACUGACAGACCGACAUAAUGCUCACUGAAUCGGAAAUUCACAUUUUUGUUGUGUGAAUGGAGUACUCUUCCAGCCGUAGGACUGGAAGCACUGAUUGACUUCAUACAAUGACUGUGUGUCAUGUACAGUAUUUUAAUAACCCAUAUGAUCAAAUCAUCUUCAUCUCUGUGUCAGGACUUCAGGGAGGCGGUGGGGGCUGCAGUAGGGGAUGAGGGGGAUCCUGUGCUGGAGGAGGAGAGGCUGAGGGAGAUCCUCAACGAGCUGCCUGAUGUUUACACUCUGCACCGCAGAAUCCUCACCGAGUUAGAGAACCGCAUCCGACAGUGGUGAGACAUUGCAGAACCCACACCACACACACACACACACACACACACACACACACACACACACACACACACACACACACACACACACACACACACACACACACAGCCAACACAUACAGUACUCAUGACCGACAGAACACACAUUAAUGCAGCACAGAGGUCAUUCAUCAGAUCAGAUGGUCCAUGUGUCUGCUGCAUACUGAGCACAGUGUCUAGUGUGCACUCCUUCAUUUUACUCCGUUUCUUUUCUUCAUCCCAUUCUUUCUCUUACUUCAGGGAGGAGAGCCAGAGGAUUGCGGAUGUCAUCCUAUCCAGGAAGUUUGAGUUUGUGGUCUUCACGACCUACAUCGGUCACUACGACCGCAGCAUGAGCCUGCUGGACGAGAGCUGCCGGACCUCACCCGCCUUCUCAGCCAUCGUCAGCCAGUAUGAG